GACGCCGCCGACGCGAACGGCGCUCUUCACCUGCGGCUGAGCGCGAGACGCGUCGGUCGCGAGUCGCGGUCGGGACGCUCGUGCGGCGCACGCAGGCUGGGAGUGAGAGAGAGGCAGCUAGCGGAGCGCAUCCACGCGGAACACGCCGGAGAGGGAGUGGAACACGCCGCGCUCCUCCGUCCUGCCCCGCUUCGGCGCCGUCCGUCCCUUCCGGAUCGCAGACAUGAGGAGCGGGCUCGUGGCCGCGCUGCUCGUGGCCGUGUUGCUCGUGGGCGCAUCUCGGGGUGAUUACGGAAACCCGGCGCCUCAACUGCCUCACCGCCUGGGAUUUUCAGAGGGUUUUUACAAGCUGUUUGUCUCGAGGAACGUGCGGCCGGGGCGAGGCCGUCUCAGAGACUGCCGGGAGAGUGAGGCUGUCGCACUCAGGAACAACGAGUUCAAGUUCGGUGCGGGGACAGAUGGCCCCGCCCACACAGAGCACAACGGACCCGGCCCCAUACAGCUUCCCCAUCUGGAGGCACCUGGGAGAGACGGUGUACAGCGGCUCGUGGAGGAGUCCAUCAUUGAGCUCAGCUUGGUGGGACACACUCCGUCGCCCACAAUUAGCCCGGUUGCAUCUAAGGAUGACCACCAUGGAAAACCCCAGCUGAGGCCCAGUGUCAUUACCUUCCCAUGGCAACGGCGGCCGAGUGCAGGGAGGCAGAAACGGGACUGGGUCAUCCCGCCCAUUAAUGUGCCUGAGAACUCCAGGGGACCUUUCCCCCAGAUGCUUGUCAGGAUCCGCUCGGACCAGGACCGGGACAUCCAGAUCCGAUACAGCAUCACGGGAGCGGGAGCCGAUCAGCCUCCCAAUGAGGUAUAUAGCAUCGACCCUGUGGCGGGGAAGAUGUUUGUGACUCGCCCGUUGGACAGAGAGGAGCGCUCCUCCUACCACCUGAGAGCCCACGCGGUGGACAUGAAUGGCAACAAGGUGGAGAACCCCAUUGACCUCUACAUCUACGUCAUCGACAUGAACGACAACCGCCCCGAGUUCCGCAACCAGGUCUACAAUGGCUCCGUGAACGAGGGCACCAGGCCAGGCACCUACGUGAUGAGCCUGACGGCUAAUGACGCCGACGACGACACAACGGCCAAUGGCAUGGUGCGCUACCGCAUUUUGUCACAGUCGCCCCACAGCCCCAUCCCCAACAUGUUCACCAUCAACAGUGAGACGGGCGACAUCGUCACCAUGGCUGCCGGCCUGGACCGCGAGAAAGUGUCCCAGUACACAAUCAUCGUCCAGGCCACGGACAUGGAGGGCAACCUGAACUUCGGACUGUCCAACACAGCUACUGCCCUGAUUUCUGUGACCGACGUCAAUGAUAACCCGCCGGAGUUUACCAGCAAAACGUUCUCAGGGGAGGUGCCAGAGAACAGGGUGAACAUUGUGGUGGCCAACCUGACGGUCACCGACCUGGAUAAGCCACACACCCGCAACUGGAACGCCGUGUACCGCAUCGUCAGUGGGGACCCCUCGGGACACUUCAUCGUCCGCACCAAUCCAGUCACCAACGACGGCAUGGUCACCGUGGUCCGGCCCGUGGACUACGAGAUGAACCGAGCCUUCAUGCUCAAGGUGGUGGUGUCCAACCAGGAGGACCUUGCCAGUGACAUACAGUCAUCGCUACAGUCCACGGCUGGCGUGACCAUCUCCGUGGUGGACGUCAAUGAGGCGCCCUUCUUCCCCUCAAAUCCCAAGGUGGUUCGCUUCGAGGAGGGCGUCCCCGCCGGUACCACGCUCACCACCUUCGCCGCCACGGACCCCGACCGCUUCGUGCACCAGAUGGUCAGGUACUCGAAGCUGAACGAUCCUGCUAGCUGGCUGAGCAUUAACGUCACCAAUGGACAGAUAGUCACUACAGAUGUUCUGGACCGCGAAUCAGUCUUUGUGAAGAAUAAUGUCUACGAAGCCACCUUCCUGGCAGCGGACAACGGGUCUCCCUCCACCACCGGCACAGGCACGCUGCAGAUCUACCUGAUUGACGUGAACGACAACGCUCCGGCACUGGUGCCCAGGGAGGCGCAAAUCUGCGAGAGGCUCCGCAGCCACAGCAAUGCCAACGGAAACAGCAUCAACAUCACGGCAUCCGAUGCCGACGCCGACCCCAACGUGGGCCCCUUCAUCUUUGAGCUGCCUACCCACCCACCCAGCAUCCGCCGAAACUGGACUGUGUCUCGCUUGAAUGGCGACUACGCCCAGCUGAGGCUGCGCAUCCAGCACCUGGAUGCGGGCGUGUACGACGUGCCUGUGGUCGUGUCCGACUCCGGGAACCCACCGCUCUCUAGCAGGUCCGUCAUAAAGGUGAAGGCGUGUCCCUGUGACGAGCACGGAGACUGCACCGUCGCGGGGGCUGUGGCGGCCGCCGGUCUCGGAACGGGAGCCAUCAUCGCCAUUCUCAUCUGCAUCAUCAUCCUGCUCAUCCUGGUGCUGAUUUUUGUGGGCUGGAUCAAGCGCAGGGAGAAGGAGCGUCAGACCAAGCAGCUGCUCAUAGACCCCGAGGAUGAUGUGCGGGACAACAUCCUGAAGUAUGACGAGGAGGGCGGCGGCGAGGAGGACCAGGACUAUGACCUGAGCCAGCUGCAACAGCCCGAGUCUCUGGAGCACAUCAUCAGCAAAGCCUCAGGGGUCCGUCGCGUCGACGAGCGGCCCGCGGUGGCCGAGGCCCAGUACCCCACCCGGCCCACAUUACCCCACCCUGGGGAUAUCGGGGACUUCAUCCACGAGGGCCUGCGGGCAGCAGACAAUGACCCGACGGCACCGCCCUACGACUCGCUGCUGGUGUUUGACUACGAAGGCAGCGGCUCCACGGCCGGCUCCGUCAGCUCCCUGGACUCGUCCAGCACCGGCGACCAGGACUACGACUAUCUCGACGACUGGGGGCCGCGCUUCAAGAAGCUGGCUGACAUGUACGGCAGCGGGGGCGAUGACUAGGGGUUGGCCCGCUCGAGUCCGGCGGACAGAACCCCCGCAAGAAGAACACCACUGACAUCUUUUGCAAGAAAGGCCAGCACUACCUUAGCAGUGUGACUUGUGGCCCUGUGACUGUAUUUAAAGAGCCUCCCCCCUCCUUUUUUUGGUAAGUGUUUGGUGUGUUUUCUUUGCUUCUGACAUUUCUCACGUUGCUCUCGCCAGUGUCGGAAACGGGCUGUCCAGCAGCCCGAGAGCCUUUCGCCGCGAGGACGAGAUGCGUCAAGAGGAGAGAGGGAAAGUUUUCCCUCCUUUUUCGUCUUUCUCCGUAUCGCUCGGAGAGCGUGCAGGGGCGCUCUCCCCUGACUUGAAUUCCUUGUAGAACAGAAGCACGGUUGUUAUGAAGUGCCUUUCGUCGUGUGUUUCGUCGGAGUCCCGCUAUCUCAGGAUCGGUGGCCGCUCAGACGCUUCAGCGCAGCACGGCGGCACACUCCUCGCUCUACACCUCUGUUCCUCCCCAGCUUUUUCGGGAAUCACGGAAAACGUCCCCAUCGGGAACUCGGGGCCACUUUGUGGAACCUGCAGCGUGUGUCUGGAAAAGUUGGACCGCAUCUAAGCAAAGGCGGUGGAUUCUUAAUUUGGGGUAAACGGUGUGCUUAGUGCAAGUUUAACAGCUAUUUUUGUCAGUGGGGGCUAAUCAGUAUAUACGGUAUUUAUUGUUGCGCUGAUCCAAACUCAAAGGCAUAACCUCAUAACAGCGAGGACCUCCUGCCUAGCUGAAUGUUCAAAGGAACGCAAACUUUUUACAAAGCCACAGAAACGGUCCUGUACAAUAAAUGUCUUGCUGUGACAUUGCAAAAUUAAGUAAAACUUUGGGAUUUGUACAAAAGAAAAACUUUGCUUGUUCAUUGACGUCACACGUGUGGGAGCAUUUGAGCUUGGAUGCCUCUCUUUCUUGUACAAUUUGUGUUGCUCUUCAAUAAAAGGUAAAAGGUCACCUGAGCAUGACUUAAGAUCGGCAAAAGAGCGGAGUGGAAGAGAUGUC